GCGAUACCAAUGCAUCUCAGUAUAGCAGCUAACUAGCGAAGCGCAGCAAACGACAAGCAACACGCAGCAUGGAAGCGUAUCUGCGCAGCUGGCGAGAAGAUGCUCUGCAUCGACACCAAUUCGAUACGGCAAUCUUCGCUGGCGACAAAUUGCUGGCACUGACGGACUCGGACGAAGACGCCUACGCUCUGGCCCAAAUACACUUCUCCGCCGGAAACUACACACGCGCUCUCGCCUUUCUGUCGCGAUCCGAGCUGCUGCAACGACUACCUGCCUCACGAUACCUCGCAGCACACUGCUACAUCCACCAAGGGAGACAUGACGAGGCCUUGUCACUGCUAGGGGAGAAGAAUCCGGCACACUUGGCGACAACCGCAGAUGCCCAGCGCAGAAAGCUGCAGCAUGUCGGCAAUGGUCUAGCUUCGAAACAACAUUCCAAGUCCAAGCUGCCGAGUCGAACGGAUCGAGUCGACCGCAGCGCAGAACGGGAUCUGGAAGAUGCAAACUCGCUGCGGUAUGAGGCUGGCAUGUGCUAUCUACGAGGGUUAUGCUAUGCGAAGCAGAAUGCAUUCGAUCGCGCAAAGGAAUGCUACAAGGACGCUGUACGGAUAGACGUGCAAUGCUUUGAGGCCUUCGACCAGCUGGUAAAGAAUUCGCUCAUGAGCCCCGGAGAGGAAUGGGAUUUCCUCGACAGCCUGAAUUUCGACAGUAUACAUGCCGAGCCUGGAGACGGUGCCGCAGCAGAAGCAGCAGACUUCACGAGGAAUCUGUACUCAACGCGCUUGUCCAAGUAUGCUCGGCCGGACGAAUUCGAUGCGGCGAUCGAGACUUUAUCAACGCACUACAAGCUGUCUCAGAAUCCUGAUAUUCUGCUGGCGAAGGCCGAAAAGCUCUUCACCGCAUCGCGAUUCCAAGCUGCUGUCGACCUUACGAACCAAAUACUGGAAACGGAUCCAUACAACUUCGCUUGCAUACCCCUCCACCUGUCGCUUCUCGCCCAACUCAAUCAUACGAAUGCGCUCUUUGCCAUUUCGCAUGAACUUGCAGACACGCAUCCCAAUGAGCCUUGCACAUGGCUCGCUGUGGGUACCUACUACUUGAAUACGAAUCGAAUACCCGAAGCACGAUCAUAUUUCUCCAAGGCCAGUCUUAUGGAUCCGCACUUUGGAGCUGCUUGGAUCGGCUUCGCGCAUACAUUCGCUGCGGAGGGAGAGAGUGACCAAGCGAUUGCCGCGUACAGUACUGCUGCGCGGUUGUUCCAAGGCACACAUCUUCCUCAGCUAUACCUUGGAAUGCAGGAAAUAGCUCUUGGAAAUCUGGCGAUAGCGCGGGAAUACUUAACGGCAGCGUUCGGAUUAUGCCAAAGGGAUCCUCUUCUCAUCAACGAAAUUGGUGUUUGCUGCUACAUGGAGGGCGAAUUCGAUAGCGCCAUUGACCAUUUCAACCUCGCCCUGCAGAUCUCGAUCGACAAUGAAGCACCACAAAAUCAGUACACGAGUACGCGCCUUAACCUGGCACACGCAUUACGAAAGGCUGAACGAUUCCACGAAGCUCUUGAGCAAUUUGAAGAAGUGAUCCGUCUAGGUCUACGAGAUGCGGCCGUGUUUUCCAGCAAAGGAUUAGUUCUCCUCGAAUUGGAGGAUGCAUUUCAGGCCACAGUAUCACUGCACGAAGCUCUCGCCAUCUCACCGCAAGACCCUAUUGCUACGGAUCUCCUUAACAGGGCGCUCCGACAAAUGGAAAACCAAGGAGUGUUGGGCGGAGCGGACGAAGAGAUGUGGGAUCAAGGCAUUGCGACCAAAGUUCACCAACUGCGAGCUGGGCGAAGUGCGGGCUCAAGAAGACGGAGGGUCAUACGGCAGCCCGAAGACAGCAUGGAGCUGGAUGGUGCAAGCAGUAGCCGAGUUUCGGGUUCAUAGCGUGAACAGAGGCCGGCAGAUACUGAGCGACGCAGUCUACACGCAGCCAGGGACCGUAGGAAUACCACGUUCCAGGAAUUUGUGCUACGGCUUGGAAACGAGAGACGGUCUACCUUUCAGGAAAACAGAGGCCGACGGAUGUGAAAUCUCACGUUGCACAUGGAGGACUGAUGAUCACGAUACGAAGAGGAUUGCAUUUCAGCGAAAGUUGGACAUGGAAUGAGAAAGGGACUUCGUGCGCGCCACGAUAGAUCUCGAUGAACUGUACAGCACGAUUACAGCCCGAGUGGCUCUAUGAUACCGCAUUCGAUGCAUACAUUUCCAACCGAAA